AGAGGAGUCAUCGAACAGCAGCAAGUCACUGUCCUCGUCAUCGUCGUCAAUUAAGCCGAACUCCGAAGGAAGACCGACGACGAACAACGCAGGAAGACCGACGACGAACAACGGCCAAGAGUAACCACCGACAAAACGAGGAACACCUGCAUCAAACACCCAUAUUCAGGUAUGGAAGUUGUGAGCAUUAUGUUCUAUUGGGGUGGAAAGAUUUUGCGCAAUCGCGAUGAAGGUGUGUCGUACGAUAUCGAACCUCAGGGGUUGUAUAAUGUGCAUAGGGGGAUAACAUUGGCCGAGUUGCAGGCUAUGAUGGUGCCGAAGGUUGGUACGCAUGGGGAAAUAAUGCGAUUAGAGUUUAAAUGUAGACUCCCAUGUCGGGGGAAGUAUAGGUUGCUGCCAGUCAAAGAUAAUGAGACCUUAAGUAAUGUGUUAGAGCUCCCACAUAAAUUAGGCCCUGAUUAUUUUUUGGAAAUCUAUGUGGAGAAUGAGAGCAAUUUUGGUGGCACAGAGAUGCCAAUUCCGGUGGGUGGGACAUUCACUCAAAUGUUGACACAAUCGCAAUCCCCUGACAAUACACUUAUACAGUCUGCACACAUGUUCCCUGAAGAUUACCCACCAUUCAAUCAUUCUCAGAGUUACAAUCAAUUAAAUGCAUCAUAGAACCUAGAUGGUUAUUACAGUGCCAGAGCAGGUCCAAGUGCUCCGACAACGUAUAAUCUGAUGGUUCUUACAACCCCAUAUCCCCACUGGAAUGAAGAAUGUCCACCGGUUUGUAAUGUUCAACGUACAUCGGAGACGGCUGUACAAAAUUAUGCAUACUCCGAUGAUACAGUGCCAUUGUUUGACGAGGUUGGAGUAAGUGAUGAAGAUUCCGUGGAAGAUUUGGAUGGCGCAUGGGAAGGUGCGGACAAUGACUCCGGUGAUGACGAAGUUGGAGGGCAUCAUGAUAUGCAGGAGGUACACACAAAUGUCCAUAUCCCUUUCUACCAUAAUUUGUAUUUUGACAAUGAUGGUUCCAUCACUAGCCGUGAUGUUGUCGAACGUUGGCCAUUGUGGGACUUUGAAACUGCUAAUUUGGAGAAAGGAAUGAUAUUUGCUGAUAAGAAAAGACUAGUGCACGCUGUUCAAUUGUAUAACCUGAAGCGCAAUCGAGAAUGCAAGGUCGUAGAAUCCAAAGGAAACAGUUGGGUGGCCGAGUGCAAGCACGGCUGCAACUGGAGGGUUCGGGCAACGAAGUUGAAAGACAAAGAUUUCUUUCAAAUUAGAAGGUUCGAAGCGCCGCAUCAGUGUGUAUACCCUAGAAUGAAUAGGGACAAUUGCAACCUCAAGUCCGAGGUCAUUGCUCAUUUCAUCAAGGCACAAAUUGCGAUAUCACCAGAAUUGCCUCUUGCUACCAUAAUUGAGGUCGUGAAGGAGAAGUUUCAGUUCACUAUAUCAUAUAAGAAAGUGUGGCUUGCAAGGACGAAGGCAGUUGCAAUGGUGUUUAGUGACUGGGACAAGUCGUACCGAAGGUUGCCUAGAUAUAUGGCUGCAUUGCAGGCAUUCAAUCCAGGCACAGUUGUCAUGUGGGACAUGAUUCCGAAUUUGCACUCUACCUCAAUUGGAACUUAAAUGUACAUGAACUAUGUAUUCUGGGCAUUUAAACCUACAAUAGAAGGCUUCAAGUAUUGUCGUCCAGUGAUAUGCAUUGACGGCACACACUUGUACGGGAAAUACGAAGGGAAGAUUAUUGCGGCCACUGCAGUGACUGUUGCGGACAAGAUUGUACCUCUUGCCUUUGCCGUUGUUGACAAGGAGAUGAUCGAGAGUUGGGGUUGGUUCAUUACUCUACUUAGGCGACAUGUGUGCCGUGACCGAGAGGGGGUCACAUUGAUAUCCGAUCGACACACAGCUUUGCUUAGUGUCGUGUCAAGAAUUUGGGACAAUCCAGCAGUUCAACCAAGAGGAUACCAUAGGUAUUGCUUGCGACACGUAUGUAGCAAUUUCAAUGAAAGAUUCGGCAAUAUAGUAGCGAAGGAUCUUGUGUGGAGAGCUGGUUCUGCACGGCAAGUGCAGAAGUUUAACAAGAUUAUGGACGAUAUCUACAAGCUCGAGAAGAAUGCUGAACGGUGGUUUAGACGGAUGGACCCUAUUCAUUGGACAUUGUGCCAUGAUGGUGGUUGUCGUUGGGGCAUAUUGACGACAAACCAUAUAGAGGGCUUCAAUGGUGUACUGAAAGGCGCACGCAGUGUUCCCAUUGCAGCAUCAGUUGAGAUAACUUUUUAUCGGCUUGUGAAAUAUUUUGAUGAGGGCAGGACCAUUGUUGAAAAUGCGAGCCAUCGGGGUCACUUGUACACGGCUAAUGUUCAAUGAUGGAUUGACGAGCACCAAGCUAAAGCGAAUGUGCAUAUGUUGGUACCGAUUAAUAGGGGAAUAGGGGAAUAUGAGGUGAGGACAGCACCGCAUGGGAUGGGGGGUGGUGCUCGUCAAAUAGUUAGUCUCCGACCACCGAGUUGUUCAUGUGGGAAGUACACAUUAUUUCACUUGCCAUGUUCCCACAUGCUUGCUGUGACAGCAGAUUUGGGCGAGGACCCUUUUCCUUUCGUUGCACCAGAGUAUAGGUUGGAAGUCCACAAGCGUAUCUUCGCGCAGAAGUUUAGGCCCAUGCCGCACGAGCACUAUUGGCCUGACAAUGAUUACCCAACUUUGUUUGCGAUUCCAGCUCGACAACGUGAAGUUAAAACGGGUCGUCCUCAACAUAGCUGCAUACACAACGAAAUGGAUACUUCCAGACAAAGUGGAUUGCACCAUUGUAGUUUGUGUUUGCAAAGAGGGCAUGAUAAGAGAAAAUGUCCAGCGAGAAUCCGAUCGAUUCGACAAUAGUUGUUUGUCUUCUUUAUAUAUUAGUUCCACGCUACUUUCUUUGAAUUGGAGUCAAUGUAAUAUUCAAUGAAUCAGCAUUCAGUAAAUUCAUAAUGUAUUUACGACUUCAAUUACUAAUGACAUAGAUUUCGUCAUUAGUAACAAAUCUCUUUAAUUGCUUUAGUUGUUGCAAGUGUCCUUUGUGCACUGGACUGUGCAGACUUUGGUGCGUUGAUGGUCGAUUGUGUCCUGACCUCGAUGGACACCAGUUUAUCUAAUGUUAGAAAAAUGCAAAU